AUGACUAGUAAACAUCAUAAUCAAUCAUCUCGUCGUCAUCCACUUAAACGUGUUCGUUUGGACAAUGAAAAUCAAGGAUUUCUUACAUCUUUAAAUGGACGAGUGAACAAAAAAUUUUGUCGUCAAUCUUCAGAAGACUCUGCAUUUGUCGAAAAUGAAAAAUCAUCUGAUGAACGAGCCUUUGAUCUUUUUCAUAAAGAAUAUUUUUCUCAAUUUCGUCCUUACUUUAAACAUUAUUCGAUUGCUGUACAAUUUAUUGAACAUUUAUGGUUAAAUAUGAUUGAAUCAUCAAAACUAUCAUUUGUUAAAAAGAAACUGAAAGAACAAGGAAUUGAUGACCUAUUUACAAAAAGUUAUAAUGAUACUGAUACAUUUUCUAAUGAUGAAAAUGAUUCUCAAAUCAGUAGAUCAUUAAAUGAAACAAAUCAGAAUAUUGUUACAUUGAAUGGAAAUCAUAAAUACAGUCGAGCCUUUGUAAAUGAUCUGUUGUAUUUUUGCAAACAUUGGAUAACACCAAGAUUUAUUGAUAAAAAUUCAUCAAAGAAGAUUGCACCACUUCGUCGAUCAUCACGUAUUCGUCGAGCACCAAUAAAAUGUGUUUGUUCAUCAUGUGUAACAACACGUACGAAUGAUGAACAUUCAUCGUCAAUAUCAGUGACAGAUAAUGAUCUGCAAGAAACUAUUCAUCGUCAAUUAAUUGACCAUUACCAUCAACUUGAUGAUCAAUAUUCGAAUGCAUCGAAUCCACCUUUAUUAACGAAUAAUGAUAGUCAAAUAAAAGUCAAUCACAUAAAUGAUAGUUCAUCUCAAAUGCCAUUAUCAGAGAUCAUAGAGUCAGUAGCAAAUGUAACACCAUCAUUAUCACCAAUCACUUCAAUGGUAUCUGCGAACAGUAAUAAUCUUGUUUUACCACCAACAUUAUCCAACUCAUCAUUGAGUAUAUCAUUUGAUUCUGAAAGAAAUGAAAAUGAAAAUAUUCCAUUCGUCAUGUCUGACUCAUUAACAACAUCUGAACUUCCAGUACGACGUACUUAUGUUAUUUUGACUGAACUUGACGAACCAUUUUUUGGUCCUUAUCCGAUUGAAUUUACCAUAACGAUUUAA